AUGCGUUUCUCGGUCCUCCUGGCGUUGGUGGCCAGUACUGCGGCUUUGCCUACCCCUGACACUGUUUAUGAUGACGACGAUGUCUGCUACGUGGAAGAUGAUCUCGUUGAGCUUAUUCUAUCAUUGCCUGAAGGACCUGAAUUUUGCCGAGAUCUCAUCCAUAUUCCUACCGAUGUGACAACCAUCACUAAGCCGGCGACAGUGACCGUUGCUGCUCUAACGAGCACCAUAACAUCCCUAUUUACUACCACCCUGCCGGCGGAGACUGACUACGUGACCAUCACCACUACGGACGAUAAUGGGGCUCCAAUCACCAUCACCGAUGUCCAAACGGCACUUGUCACUGAUGUGGUUGCCACUGUUGCAUUGACUGAUGCAGUCACUCAGACCAUCGUCAACGAUCUUACUAGCGCAGUCACAGAGACCUCUACUUUCUUGACUACCGGCACGGUCACAGAGUUCGCCACGGAAACCAUCACUCAGCCCUUCACCAACACCGUCACUGAGUACGCGACAAUCCUCGUGACGGAUUCCGUCUACAGCACAUGGACCGACGUCUCAACUCAAACGCUUACCAACUCCCACACCGAAACCGUGGUCCUUUCCUACACUGAUACCAUCUUUGUGACAAACACACUGGAUGUCACCGCGACUGAAACAUAUAUCCCUACUUCUGUCCAUAGCGACUGGGAGACAGUGACAGAUGCUACCACAGCGACAUCUACAGACUUACUUACUUCGACAAUCACCAGCGUCCUCACUGCAGGAACCACCACAACAAUUACAACCACUAUUUCUGGGAUGUCUGUCCUCAAGCGUGCUCUCACAGAAAGUGCUAUUAUCCCUACCCCGACCGCCUUGACCACCUACUUGCCUGAUGAAUUGUCCAGCGCCUGCUCUGAACUGAACCUCCAGCCGGAGACUUCCACCGAAGUCGUUACCUCGACUGAGACAACGACCAUCUAUUCGACUGCUACUGGAGACUCGCUGUCCUAUAUAACCCAGUUUGUAACUGUCUGGGAGACUAUUACUGCCACCGGCUCUGAACUCAUGGUCACCUCGACAGAUGUCGUAAACAACCCUUCAACUGUGACGCUAGAUGUCUACUCAACUUUUGAAACAGAUAUCUCGCUGACGCAAACAACUACCGCUACUGCUACCGUCACCGAGGACGAUGUCACUACAAUCACUGACUCUGCCACCGUCGAUAUCACUACCUGGGCAACAACUGUUGCAACUGUAGAUGUCACAACAGACGAGACUUUGACUGCAACUGUUGAGGCUUCCACAACUUUGACAAACACCAACUCCAUCACAGUGACUCUGGAGGAAACUGCUACAGCCACCGCGGAUGUCACUGUUUCCACUACGCAGUCGACCACUUUCGACGUCACGGACGUUCUGACUGUCACUUCCACCUCAUCCCUGACGCUGACAGUACCUACCAAUAUCGAAACCACAAUCACGAGCACCGUAUCCGUAACCGGCACGGCAGUGGUAACAGCAGUGGUUGAUGUUACAGCCACACAAACAACCUCAACCACCAGCACCGUGACCGCAACUGCAACGGCAAACUGUGGUGUUAAUCUUGUGACUAAUCCUACUUUUAACGUCAACAACGCCUUCUCUCUCUCCGGCUGGUCGGCCUCAGGCCGCAGCCUCUCAGUCGGAUCUUCUUCUGGCUCAGCAAUCGGUACUACUUACGUAUUCUAUUAUGCUGGCACCAUCCCGCAAACCUACACGCUCUCUCAGUCGUUGAGCACUUUGCCGACCAUUACAUACACCGUCUCAUUCUGGUGGAGAACGGGCGCUCAAAGUGCAUCAUUGAUUGUUUCGCUUGGAUCUGAAACUGUAACUUAUCAUUCCCCGAUCAACAAGCUCGGUGUCUGGAUCCAGGAGACAUUUACCUAUACGGCUACCGCCUCCUCGUCGCAGCUUACAUUCGAGUUUGUCCCCUCCACACUCUCGGCAGCAUACGCCGGCACAAAUGAAAUCGACCUUCGAUGGAUCGCCUGGUCCAACUGGACAUACACAAGUCAUCCAGUCAAGGGAUUACUCGAUAAUGCUUCAAGUUCCUGGCUCGUAUUCAAUGGCCUAGACACAUUCGCUACAAUUGAGCUGUGCAAUCAGGUCGUGGGUACCGCAAACAACCAGUUCCGUCAAUGGCAAUUCGAUAUUUCGGAUGCGUUGAAGUCGUGUAAGGGCGAUCCAGUUAUUAGUAUUAAUUUUGGAAGUGCACCGGAAAUCGCGAAUGCGAUUGCUAAUGAGACAGGACAAGAAACAUGGCCUGUUGGCGUUCAAGGUCUUUUCGAAUUCGAUAAUAGAUGGUUUAUUCGGAAAGAACAAUCGGAUUUUGGCUGGGAUUGGGGUCCCGCUUUCUCACCGACUGGGCCGUGGCAGCCGGCUUACUUGGUUCAAUUCAAGCCUAAUGAUGGUGUCUAUGUGCUGAAUACAGAUAUCGACAUUCACCGUGAGGGACAGGUUAAUUGGUUGCCUCCAGACCAAAGCAAGCCAUGGGUCGUCAAUGCGAGCAUAGAUUAUUUGGGUACACUACCAAAGGGGGCCUCAUUGACUGUCGAGAUCAAAGAUUCUCAGAACAAGACGACUAUUGCUUCGGGAUCAUUGAAGAACGUGACAACUGCCGGGAAUAGUAUUUCUGGAAUUACAACUGUUGGUGCCAAUAUACCGAAAUUAUGGUGGCCGACUAGCAUGGGAGACCAAAAUCUCUAUUAUAUCACCAUCAACGUCGUCGACAGCAAUAACAAAACCUUAGCCAGUGUCACAAAACGCACAGGUUUUAGAACAAUUGUUCUCAACCAGACAAAUAUCACCGAUGCCCAACUCGCACUCGGUAUAGCGCCUGGAGCGAACUGGCAUUUCGAAAUCAACGGUCAUGAGUUUUAUGCAAAAGGUUCCAACUUCAUUCCGCCGGACGCUUUCUGGCCGCGGGUUACUGAAGGUCGUAUGAAGAGGUUAUUUGACUCGAUUAUUAAGGGUAAUCAGAAUAUGCUCAGAGUAUGGGCGUCUGGUGCCUAUCUCCCGGACUUUAUAUACGAUAUCGCGGAUGAAACAGGUGUGCUUUUGUGGAGCGAAUUCGAGUUCAGUGAUGCACUAUACCCUGUUGAUCAAGUGUUUCUCGAUAACGUUGCGGCAGAAGUCACCUACAACGUUCGCAGAGUUAAUCAUCACCCUUCACUUGCGCUCUGGGCUGGCGGUAACGAGCUGGAGAGUUUGGAACUGCUUUUAGUAAAAGAAACCGACCCUGAAGAGUAUCCCCGAUAUGUCGGCGAGUACGAGAAACUAUUCAUCAGCUUGAUCUUCCCCUUGGUCUACGAUAAUAGUCACUCGAUAAGCUACACGCCCACCUCAACUGGGAAUGGAUAUACCAAGAUCGAUUUCUCUCUACCCGUCCCCAUGGUAGAGCGAUACGAGAACGUGACUCCUGGUGAAUACUACGGCGACAGUGAUUACUACAACUACAACAGCGCCGAAGCGUUCGAUAUGAGCCACUACCCCGUCGAUCGAUUCGCAAACGAGUUUGGAUUCCACAGCAUGCCCAGUCUGCAAACUUGGCAACAGGCCGUCGCCGACGAGGAUUUACAGUUCAAUAGCUCAGUGAUAUUACAUAGGAAUCAUCAUUAUCCACCAGGAGGAUUGUCGACGGAUACCACACUCAGCGCAAAAGGGAUGGGCGAGAUGACUAUCGCCGUUGAGCAAUAUUACCCGAUUCCCUCGAAAUCGGACCCCAUUGAGAAUUUCAGUGCCUGGUGUCUAGCGACGCAGCGGUUUCAGGCUGAUAUGUACAAAUCCGAGAUUCAGUUCUAUCGUCGUGGCAGUGGGCAUCCGGAGCGUCAGUUGGGUUCGUUGUAUUGGCAAUUAGAGGAUAUUUGGCAAGCACCGACGUGGGCUGGCAUUGAGUAUGAUGGUCGAUGGAAAGUGUUGCACUAUGUAGCCAAAAAUAUCUAUGAGCAUGUCAUUGUGGCGCCGUACUGGGAUCUGACGACUGGUCAGUUGAAUAUUACGGUCACUUCGGAUUUGUGGGAGUCUGUGUCUGGAAGCGUGAAUAUGACUUGGUAUGAUUUGAGUGGGAAGCCGUUGGAGAAGAAUGCGGGUAUCCCUUCGUCUGCAGCGUUUGAAGUUGGACCGUUGAAUAUUACUGAUAUUCUCACGACGAAUAUCAACGAUUUAUCAAUUCCGGAUAUCAAGGACGCUGUGCUAGUACUCUCGUUGUCUGCCAAAGGUCAUUUACCAAACAGCAGAACGACCACCCAAUUCUCACACGAGAACGUCUUUACUCCAGUCUUCACCAACGAAGCAAAACUAGUUGAUCCAGGACUCAAACUGUCAUACGAUAACCGUACUGCCAAGUUCACGGUUGAGGCGACAAAAGGUGUCUCGUUAUAUACGUGGCUGGAUUAUCCUGCGGGUAUAGUUGGGCAUUUUGACGAAAACUCGUUCGUCUUGGUCCCUGGACAGCCGAAGGAGAUUGGUUUCACGGUGCAAGAGGGCUCGUUGACCGAGCAUGUGGUGAAAAAUGUUACGGUGCAGAGUAUCUGGGAUCAAGCCGAGCGGACUUGA